AUAUUUAAAAUAAACUUUUUGCUUAAUUUUGCCUUUGGAGGAGUUAUGCCCCCUAAUUUACCAAAAUGAUGAAUUGCAAUUGUCUCAAUGUCUUCUCUUUCCACAAAUUAAAAUGAUAACCAAAUCUGUAAUAUAUGUUUCCUUUCUAAAACCUUUAAGUUAAAUGUAAGCUAAGUUGAUGUCCACUCCCCCCCAUUCCCAGCCAAGCAAUCACGUUUUCACUGUGACAGUCCAAUAAUGCAUUUAGUUUAAAAUUACACUUGGACCUUUUCUCCUUUGUAUUUUUUCAUUUACUUCAGUGCAACAAGAUGACUUGAUUUUCAUGGGAUUACAUGAACUCCAUUCAGUGUUACUGGGACAUUUCUGCUCAACUAAAUACUUGCCUUAAUAGACAAAUGAACUUCUUUUUAUUUGCUGGAGUUUGUAGAUGGUUUUAGAUACAGAGUGUGCAACUGAUUUAGUUAUUGUUGUUGUGAGAAUCGAACAGGCACAAAAGUCAUUUAUCUAAACCGGAGAGAUAUGACUCUGUAAAAGGGAGAAGCAAGGGCAGAAUCAUGGGGAAUUAUUUCAGUUUAUAGCUCUUAUUAAUUAAAGAGGAUGUGGUUUUAUUCUGCUCUUUUUGUACGACCUUGUUAAAAGCUCCCAGCUACCUUUUAUCCCCUCGUCCCCAAUUUUUUCAUUUAUUAGGUUUCUUGUUGAUGGGGGCUGCUUUUUCUAUAUUAUAUCACUGAGUCAGUGUACAGUGUAAAAUCUCGUGCGCCUUCGUCUUCGGAGGAUCGCACCCCUCCCAGAAAAAAGAAAAGGAAAAGAAAAGAAUAAAUGCUUUUCUCAUUCAGUUUUAGCAUCUUGAAAUGCAAGACAGGUACUUGAUUUAGCAUUUAAGCAAAAGGUUACACAAACCGCGUUUUAGAAAGUGUUGGGAUGUCCGACAGGGUCAGCCCUAGAUCAGAUCAUUUUUUGAAUGCAGACCCGAAGAUAAUGAGUACUUGUUGUAUUAAAGGGGACAAACAGUACUUUGGCUUCCUCUGACCCCAGAAUGCACGGCUCGGUUUCAUUGAUCAUCCUCCUUUAUGAGAUAAUGCAAUUACAAACAUCAAUAAGGGGCUGCAAGGGGAAUCAUUAUGCGGUGACAGUGAUAAAUGACGGUGCAGAAAUAGCAUGCUUUUUCCCCCCUAACAAUCCAGGAGCCCAGGGGCUCCGGGGGCUGAACACAGUCGCCAAGGAAACAGAUGACAUCCCAAACGGCACCAAAGGAAAAAAAAUGAACAGUCUUUCUUUGCCUUUCACUCUUUUCCGUCUUCCAAAGAGUUAGUUUUGGCUCUAGCAGCAGCUGCUACACAGGCAUUUCGUUAUUUCAGACAUUAAAGACUGGAGCGGGCAGUGGGAGUCUCCUCCCCUUAUAUCCCCACCCCCACUAGAUAACACACAAAGCUCGCUGUUCACAGUUUAGGACUACCUGAAAAUGCAAGUCUCCAAAAUCAGAUUGGGGUGGGGUGGAGGGGUGUUGGGAACGUGGAUUUACACAGCCAUUGCGUUGUGUUUUCCCUGCUUUUGUCCAGUGGAAACUGAGUCUCCAGAACAAGCUGGCGCCUCGCGGGUCGGCCAGCAAGGGGACGGGUGCGCGUGGCUCGCCUCCAUCUCCCCGCGGUGCCAGACGCUGCUCCGUGCCAAGGGGGGGAUGGGGAGCAGGCGGCUGCUAGAGGUGUUUGCCGCUGUGCUGGGUUUCUUUAGCAUGGAGUUAUCAGUGGGCACAGCGAUCUCCCCUAAGUCAAGACAUCUGGUUCUUUAAAGCCCCAGGGUGCCCUCAGUAAGUGGGUUCAAGAGGGCCUCGCUGAGCGACCCCCCACCCACCCACGUCCAGAGAGGUGGGUGAGGUAGGUGGGCGCAAACAGGCGAUGGGUUACCGGACUUCGGCGCGGAACUUGAGGUUGCUGGGGGCUGGGAGAGGGGCAGAACCUCGGGACACUCAGUGGAGAAGGGGCACUUGCCACUCUGGGGGAGGGGAGGAGAAAGAAAGUGCUGAGGUGCGAGGGAGGCCUAGGAAGAAAGGGAGGGGAGAAGGACAGCGAGCGAGCGCCAUCCCACCCUUCCAGGAGGUCGCCAGCCGGGAGAAAGCAGAGACUGGGUUCCAGAUCCCCGCCCGGCACGCCCCGGCGUGGAGCCUGGCGCAGCACUCCCUGCCACGCGCGGCCCCCACGCGGAGGAGCGGGCCGGGCGGGUGCGUGAAGCAGGUGACUUUAUUCACUGCUUCCCCAGUCGACAAGGUCCCGGGACUCGUUUUCCGCCUGGAGAUUAAGAUCAUUGCUCGCGUAAUGAACUUAAUGCUUUAGGGUAGAGCUCCGCCUCGGGAGAGAAGGUUUCAGACGCGUUGGCGGGCAGAUUAGGCCGAAAAGGGAACCCUCCCCCUCCUGCCAUCAGCUGCCCAGCUCAGGCCCCCGACCCCCCACCCUCUCUCCUUCGCGGCUCUUUCCCUUGGUCCUGGGAUUCCCAGCCUCCUGUAGACUGCGCCGCGGCCGCCCCAAGAGCUAUGGGCUGCCAAACAGCCAAUGGGUGCGGGGUGACAUGGAUGGGGGUGGGUGAGAAGGAGAAAAGCCCGGCCAGGCAGGGCGCCCCACUACCCAAUUCCACGCCUCUCCAGCCGGCGUCCAAGCGCCUACCCGGGAGCUUUGCAUCAAGUCGUGUUUUUACUGCCUUCACUAGGGCCGAGGGCCUGCCGGGAUCCGAAAGGCAGGAGAAAGUUUGCAGAGCUUUUAAAGUGAUCCAGAGGAGCUCCCGCCUAAGGCGUCGAGAUGCUGCCCACGGCUCCCCCGCUGCGGUUCCAGACUCUGGCACUCGCCGCCCUCCUGGUGGGCCCCGCCCCGGUCCCGGGUGUCGUUGGCUCUCCGGUCCCCAAGCUCUUGGGAGUCACCGUGGGUCUCAGGGGUCCGAGCCCCCGAUGUGGCAGAGCCCAUCAGAAAGCCUCCAGUCCUCCACAAAGUACCUUGGGCCGUUCCGAGGGAAGGAGGCCCAGAUCCCCCAGCUACGGCGAGUUGCCUCCCGCAACCUUCGGUGUAGACCCCUGGUCGCCUCAUCAUCAGAAACAGUCAACAGUCCCUCAGACUUGGCUUUCAGGUGGGGUUGGGGAGGGCAUAGGAGGCUACUGCCCGAGUUCCAGCAGCCCCCCAGGUGCUCUGGGCUCGGGGCGAGGACCUGCCCGCCCACGCACGGAGCCUAGGCCGGGACCCCGCGCACCGCAGGACCCACGCGGGUAGCUGCGUCCAGACCAGAGCUCCGCGAAGCGGCCCGCGGGAUUUCUCUCUCGGCACCGAGCCCGGCCCAGCCCCAGGACCGGAGCAUGUCCCCUCCCGCUCCCAGCGGCAGACUUGGGGGGCGCUGCACACAGCAACCAACCGCGAGCGCAAAGUGGAGCGCAAAGUCUGCGCGCCGCGUGGGAGACGCGGGCGGGAGGGGCGGGCAGGGCUUGGCUUCUUUCUUUGUAGACUCUUUCGACUUCACUACCAAGUUUUCCUGGUAGGCGCCUCUGCCCCGGGGUCCGAGCUUCCCACCGCGGCUCCUUCCCCUCCUUUC